AUGGCGUCAUCCCAGUCCUCUUCUUCGUCUAUUCGUCCGCAGGCUGGACUGAACGAGGGGGACCAGCAAUCCCUACCCCAGGUUGAGACUCUGAUCUCGUAUCUCCUGGGUGCCAAACGUUCGCUCUCCUCCAUUACUCAUGUCUGGCGGGCCAAUGAAAUAGUCACUGCGUCACACUCGGCACUGGAGAAGAGUGUUGUCCUGUGCUCCCGCACAGGCUUCUUACGCCGAGGCCUUAAUGGACAACUUCGUCUUUUAUACGAUGUCCGUACCGAGGUCGAACAGAUAUCAUACCGAGGUCGUGAUGAGUUUUCAAUGGCACUAAAAAACCUGGAUGCUGCUGAUGCUCGGCUCAGAAACACAAUAGAUCUGCUCCGCGGGACUAUCGUUCACGCGUCAUUCAGACCUGGCGAUGAAGAGCAGAAGUCCCUACAUGACUUUGUUGAUGAGCGGGGCGUUGAAGAGCUACAUGCCUCAUUGAAAGCAUCUAUCGACCGCACUAACACAGCGCGCGCCGAAUUGGAUACGUCCAAUCGUGAAUUUGAUGACGAACUUCAAGCCACCAGACAGUCGCUUCGUCACUACCACACAGCCACGAAGUUGGCGUCAUCCCGAUUAUCAAUCACAUCUUCCUCGUCAUCUGCCUCCGAUUCCGGCCUUCUCACUUUGUCGUCUAUGCCGGGCCAGAUCCAAUCGCUGGAGGCCCAUGCUCAAGAAAUGGCCAUUCUUUUAGAAGCCCUAGUCAGGCAUUUUGACCUAUGUGUCACCGCCGUGAAGCAUACAGAUGGUGGAGGAGCAGUUGCGCGGUCCAUCACGGGGGAUAUGCCAACUGUUGUUGACGGUAGCAACGACGGCAUGCCAAACAUCGGGGCAGAGAUCAACGCCAAUUUGAAUGCACCUCUUGACCCAAUGACUGACGCCGAGUAUCAGGAGAUGGUGGCUGUUUUGAUCAAAGAUGCCCCCGAGGCUGAUGAUGUUGUCAUGGAGAUCCAAGAUCGCAUUAAUGAGAUGGAAUCCAUAUUUGAACAAGUGCAAGCCCAGCGAGAUGCCCUUCUGUCUAUCUCCAAGGCAACGAUCGAAGUUCACAGCCAUCUAUCCUCUCUCGCGUCCUCUCGCUUACCCCGUUACAUUUCCCAGGCACACAAUUUCACGCGCGUUUGGCUUGAAGAAAACGACCGCAUUAACUCUGGCCUCGCCGAACUCUCCGAUCUGCACUCCCUGUACGACGGGUUCCUCAAUGCUUACGACAGCCUGAUGCUGGAAGUAGCACGUCGGCGUCAUGUUCGCCAACGUGUGGAAAAGGUGCUCCGAGAUACCCGGCACAAACUGGACCAGCUCCAUGAUGAAGAUGCUGCUGCUCGUGAUACUUUCCGCGUUGAACAGGGUGACUUUCUUCCCUCUGACAUAUGGCCUGGCGUUGGCUUAGCACCAAUGCAGGUGCAGUUCUUGCGCCUCUCGGGUGGCCCCCUGGAUAAUGAUCCUGUGGCCCAGAAUGCACUCGAGGAACCUAGUGUACAUGAGUACACAGGAGCUGUCAAGCCAAGAGUAUCGGAUGGAAGUGCCGAAGGAGAACAAAUCCCUGACCUGCCAAGAGACCUCAUCGAGGAAGCGUAUGCAAGGGUGAAGGCACGAAACAAGGUCGCUUCACAAAUGCACACCGCUUGA